CCCGGGGCAGCGGGGCCGGGGCGCUAAAUGCCGCCUCGGCUGCUUAUAUUUCAGGCGCGGGGCUGCUGGCUCUGCCCCGGCCAGGGCACACAGGCAGCCCAUUGUUGGAGCCCCUUCGGCGCGGCGGGAGCAGGAGCUGUUGAUGGCGAUGAUGACGAUGCAGACGGGAGGACUGAUGAUGGCCGCCCUGGGCUGGCUGGGCUCCAUCCUCACCUGUGCCCUGCCCAUGUGGAAGGUGACGGCCUUCAUCGGCUCCAACAUCGUGGUGGCCCAGGUGUUCUGGGAAGGGCUGUGGAUGAACUGCGUCUACGAGAGCACGGGGCAGAUGCAGUGCAAGGCCUACGACUCCCUGCUGGAGCUCACCUCUGACCUGCAAGCUGCUCGUGCCCUGGUGGUCACCUCCAUCUUCGUGGCCUGCCUUGCCUUCUUCAUCGCCCUCUCGGGAGCCGACUGCACCCGCUGCGUGGACGACAGCGGCACCAAGAGCAGGAUCUCUGCGGUGGCAGGCGUCAUCUUCAUCAUGGCCAGCAUCAUGCUGCUCAUCCCUGUCUCCUGGUCUGCCAACAGCAUCGUCAGCAACUUCUACAACCCCAUGGUGCCUGAGGCCCUCAAGAGAGAGCUGGGGGCUGCCCUCUACAUCGGCUGGGCCUCCAGUGCCCUGCAACUUUUCGGUGGAGGCGUCCUGUGCUGCUCAGGAUCCCAGUCCCAGCAGGACCCCUACCCCAAGAAGUACAGGGCAGUGAAAACCUGCGGCCCAAUGGGCUAUGCCAUGAAGGACUAUGUGUGAGCCACUGUGCCCAGGUGCCAGCCCAAGGCAGAGCACCGCUGUCCCUGUCCUGCAUCCCCGUGCCACACCCUGCCCCUGCACUGCCUCCCCCUGCCCAUCCCCACGCUGGCUCACCCCCAGCACGGUCCCCACAUGUGCCCUUCCCCAGGGCAGGGACUAUAAACAUCCUGGUGCCACCAA